GCCACCCCCUUUACACAUCUUUUCCAAGAGAAAAUGACCUGCUGUUUGUGACACAUUGAAAGCAAAUUAUUAAAUGGAAACGCUAAACAUCCCGAUUCUCCACACACAUUGAAAAAAAAAGACACGUUUUUGUGUCAAAAGUUAAUUUACUUCAACUCAACCGCAUACACUACAAGCUGCUAAAUUCGCUUAGCUGUGAUUGGCUGAAAAUAAACUUGCCGCAGCCUUCUAUUGGUUGAUAUUGAUCAGCCCGCCCUCUGGAUAGCGAUGAUUGGUUGUUAUGGAAUGGAGCGGUGACAGGAGGAAUGGUGCGUAGGGGAUUCCAAUAUCUGUGUGUUUGUGUUCGCUGACGGAGAACUGACGGGAAGCAGUUUAUUAAACUUGGCUGGGGGCGGAAAUAGGGGCCCCGGUGCCGUGGGUAGACCCCCCCCCUGUGCUGAGGUAAAGAGAUUAGUUUCGAUUUGUAGCAGCCAAUAGGUGGCGCUAUUGAGUGAGCGGCGUGUAUGGGAUGGGACGUUCUGUCACUGUAGCAGUAAGUAACGGGGAACCGGAGCAGCGCAAGGAACCCACUGACUGCGUUACAACCGGUAUAUGCCUGAGCUGGGGAACCCGGGCUGAACCACUUCUCUGUGCGGAGAGGGUGCAACUGAGCACCCCUUAAGCUAUCUAGCACACAAAAUGGCGCAGUGGAACCAAUUGCAGCAGCUGGACACGAGAUACUUGGAGCAGUUACACCAGCUCUAUAGUGACAGCUUUCCAAUGGAGCUUCGCCAGUUCCUUGCCCCGUGGAUCGAGAGCCAAGACUGGGCAUUUGCAGCCAGCAAGGAGUCCCAUGCCACACUGGUGUUUCACAACCUACUGGGGGAGAUAGACCAGCAAUACAGCCGAUUUCUGCAGGAAUCCAACGUACUUUAUCAACACAACCUGCGGCGGAUUAAACAGUUCUUACAGAGUAGAUAUUUGGAAAAACCCAUGGAAAUUGCCCGAAUCGUGGCCCGGUGUCUGUGGGAAGAAGGGCGACUUCUCCAAACUGCCGCAGCAGCUGCACAGCAAGGUGGUCCAGCCUCGCACCCCACAGCAGCCGUGGUCACCGAAAAGCAGCAGAUGUUGGAGCAACAUUUACAAGACGUGCGGAAAAAAGUUCAGGACCUGGAGCAGAAGAUGAAAGUUGUCGAGAACCUUCAGGAUGACUUUGAUUUUAACUACAAAACUUUAAAAAGCCAAAGCGACCUUUCUGAGCUGAAUGGCAACAAUCAGUCAGUCACAAGGCAGAAGAUGCAGCAGCUGGAGCAGAUGUUGACUGCGUUGGAUCAGUUGAGAAGGACUAUUAUUAGUGAUCUGGCCAGUCUGCUGUCAGCCAUGGAAUAUGUUCAGAAGAAUCUGACCGACGAAGAGCUCGCUGACUGGAAGAGAAGGCAGCAGAUUGCCUGCAUUGGUGGGCCCCCAAAUAUUUGCCUUGAUCGUCUGGAAAACUGGAUAACCUCCCUGGCUGAGUCCCAGCUCCAGACCCGACAGCAGAUCAAAAAGCUAGAGGAGCUACAGCAAAAGGUUUCCUACAAGGGAGACCCGAUAGUUCAGCACCGACCCAUGCUGGAGGAGAGAAUUGUGGAGUUAUUUAGAAACCUCAUGAAAAGUUCCUUUGUAGUGGAGAGACAGCCGUGUAUGCCGAUGCACCCCGACCGACCCCUCGUUAUCAAGACUGGAGUACAAUUUACCAACAAAGUCAGGCUGCUGGUCAAGUUCCCCGAGCUGAACUACCAACUGAAAAUCAAAGUUUGCAUUGACAAGGAUUCGGGUGAAGGCGCUGCACUAAGAGGUUCACGGAAGUUCAAUAUCCUCGGUACAAACACCAAAGUUAUGAACAUGGAGGAAUCAAACAAUGGGAGCCUCUCUGCUGAAUUCAAACACUUGACUCUGAGAGAGCAGCGAUGUGGCAAUGGGGGAAGAGCAAACUGCGACGCCUCCCUUAUAGUUACGGAAGAGCUGCAUCUCAUCACAUUCGAAACUGAAGUUUAUCAUCAGGGGCUGAAGAUCGACCUGGAGACUCAUUCCCUGCCGGUUGUGGUGAUUUCCAAUAUCUGUCAGAUGCCCAAUGCUUGGGCUUCUAUCCUGUGGUACAACAUGCUGACCAACAACCCCAAGAAUGUCAACUUUUUCACCAAGCCCCCCAUUGGCACUUGGGACCAGACGGCGGAGGUGCUCAGCUGGCAGUUUUCCUCGACCACCAAACGGGGACUGAGUAUUGAGCAGCUCACGACUCUGGCAGAGAAACUGUUGGGUCCCGGAGUCAAUUAUUCCGGAUGCCAAAUCACCUGGGCCAAAUUCUGUAAGGAAAACAUGGCCGGCAAAGGGUUCUCCUUCUGGGUUUGGCUGGACAACAUCAUUGAUCUUGUGAAGAAAUAUAUCCUGGCACUUUGGAAUGAGGGGUAUAUUAUGGGCUUCAUCAGCAAAGAGCGUGAGCGAGCCAUUCUGAGUACCAAGCCCCCGGGAACGUUCCUGCUGAGGUUCAGUGAAAGCAGCAAGGAGGGAGGCAUCACCUUCACCUGGGUAGAGAAAGACAUCAGUGGUAAGACUCAGAUUCAGUCAGUGGAACCCUACACCAAGCAACAACUGAGCAGCAUGUCAUUUGCUGAGAUUAUUAUGGGAUAUAAAAUCAUGGACGCUACCAAUAUCCUGGUGUCCCCUUUGGUUUACCUGCACCCCGAUAUCCCUAAAGAGGAAGCCUUCGGAAAGUACUGCCGCCCCGAGAGCCAGGAGCAUCAGGAGCCCACUGACCCAGGUAGCACGGCUCCGUAUCUAAGGACCAUGUUUAUCUGCGUUACACCGACAACGUGCACGUUAGAUUUGCCAAUGUCUCCCGGGACUUUUGAUUCUGUGAUGCAGUUUCCAGGGGAAGGGGAAGAAUCCUGUGUUCGGAACCAGUUUGAGUCCCUAACCUUCGAUGUGGUGCUACCAGGGUCCGAAUGCGCAGCUUCUCCCAUGUGACCUGCCACUUAUCUUCCUUUCACUUAUGUUUCUGCAUUGCCAACCUAGGUUAGCAUGUAUAUUGCCUUUUGCUGCCUUCACUUGGCCCUGCUGCCCAUGUAUAUAUGCUAUCUGAGCUACCCUGGGUGCUGCCAGACUGCCCGGUGAUGCAUUGUGCCCAUGUACCCGUGCUAUCUGAGCUACCCUGGGUGCUGCCAGACUGCCCGGUGAUGCAUUGUGCCCAUGUACCCGUGCUAUCUGAGCUACCCUGGGUGCUGCCAGACUGCCCCGUGAUGCAUUGUGCCCAUGUACCCGUGCUAUCUGAGCUACCCUGGGUGCUGCCAGACUGCCCGGUGAUGCAUUGUGCCCAUGUACCCGUGCUAUCUGAGCUACCCUGGGUGCUGCCAGACUGCCCGGUGAUGCAUUGUGCCAUGUACCCGUGCUAUCUGAGCCACCCUGGUUGCUGUCAGACUGCCCGGUGAUGCAUUGUGCCCAUGUACCCGUGCUAUCUGAGCUACCCUGGUUGCUGUCAGACUGCCCGGUGAUGCAUUGUGCCCAUGUACCCGUGCUAUCUGAGCUACCCUGGGUGCUGCCAGACUGCCCGGUGAUGCAUUGUGCCCAUGUACCCGUGCUAUCUGAGCUACCCUGGUUGCUGUCAGACUGCCCGGUGAUGCAUUGUGCCCAUGUACCCGUGCUAUCUGAGCUACCCUGGGUGCUGCCAGACUGCCCGGUGAUGCAUUGUGCCCAUGUACCCGUGCUAUCUGAGCUACCCUGGGUGCUGCCAGACUGCACGGUGAUGCAUUGUGCCCAUGUACCCGUGCUAUCUGAGCUACCCUGGGUGCUGCCAGACUGCCCCGUGAUGCAUUGUGCCCAUGCACCCGUGCUAUCUGAGCUACCCUGGGUGCUGCCAGACUGCACGGUGAUGCAUUGUGCCCAUGUACCCGUGCUAUCUGAGCCACCCUGGUUGCUGCCAGACUGCCCGGUGAUGCAUUGUGCCCAUGUACCCGUGCUAUCUGAGCUACCCUGGGUGCUGCCAGACUGCCCCGUGAUGCAUUGUGCCCAUGCACCCGUGCUAUCUGAGCUACCCUGGGUGCUGCCAGACUGCCCGGUGAUGCAUUGUGCCCAUGUAACCGUGCUAUCUGAGCUACCCUGGGUGCUGCCAGACUGCCCGGUGAUGCAUUGUGCCCAUGUACCCGUGCUAUCUGAGCCACCCUGGGUGCUGCCAGACUGCCCGGUGAUGCAUUGUGCCCAUGUACCCGUGCUAUCUGAGCUACCCUGGUUGCUGCCAGACUGCCCGGUGAUGCAUUGUGCCCAUGUACCCGUGCUAUCUGAGCUACCCUGGGUGCUGCCAGACUGCCCGGUGAUGCAUUGUGCCCAUGUACCCGUGCUAUCUGAGCCACCCUGGGUGCUGCCAGACUGCCCGGUGAUGCAUUGUGCCCAUUGUACCCAUGCUAUCUGAGCUACCCUGGGUGCUGCCAGACUGCCCGGUGAUGCAUUGUGCCCAUGUACCCGUGCUAUCUGAGCUACCCUGGUUGAUGCCAGACUGCCCGGUAAUUGGAGUUUCAGCAACUAUCUGGUUGCUGGGGUCCAAAUUACCUUAGCAACCAGGGAGUGGUUUGGACGAGAGACCGAUAUAUGAAUAGGAGAGGGACUGAAUAGAAAAAAAAACUACAAAAAGUAACAAUAACAAUAAAACUGUAGCCUCACAGAGCAGUUGGAAGAAGAAGGCAAAUAAUUCAAAAACUAUAACAAAUAAAUAACAAAGACCAUCUGAAAAGUUGUUUAGAAUAGGUAACAUACUUAAAGUUAGAUUAAAGGUGAUCCACCCCCACCGCCGUAACAAGAUGGCAGCACCAGGCUCUCGGCUACUUGCUAUUGGACCAGGCAUCUUAAGAACAACAUUCUAGUGCCGGAUUUGCUAUUUGGUACAGUGGGAGGGGCUUGGGCUGCUUACAAGUCACUGUAUUUACGGUCUAAACGAAUGAAAACCUGUAUAUGACUUUAUUUGUUUUGGGGUUUUUUCUGUAUUUCCUUGUAUUUAAAGAAAGAGCCGUCAUAGUAGGAAAUGCAAUGUACAAAGAGAAAUUGCCGUGGAAACGUGAAUGUGACCCCACGGAACGAGGGGUACAAAUGUGUGCCGCAUUCGGAUCAGAACCCCCAUUCAUUUCAGCCACAGUCACCUGAUCUCACAGGUGCGCUCGCGGGUCACAUGAUCGUCGUUGGCUGCCAUGAUUGCAAGCAACAUGGCAUUUCCAUCGAAGCCCUUAUACUGCCCAGGGUGGUAGGGUAGAUGGUUCUUAAACAGUUUUAGAAAUGAUCCCAAUAAUUCUUUUUUUAAAUAUAUAUAUAUAUUUUUUAAAAUGCUUAACCCAUUCAGCAAUGGCCAAUAUGUUCCUGUCCUAUCAACACGAAUCUUUAACUUUCACCCUAUUUAUGGUCUUUAUUGCGGCUUCAUUUGUACUUUUUUGGUUAUUUUUUUUCUAAGUUAGGAGUUUCAGCAGCGAUCUGGUUGCUAGGGUACAAAUUACCAUAGCAACCAUGGAGUGGUUUGAAUGAGAGGCUGGUAUAUGAAUAGGAGAAGACCUGAAUAGUAUAACUAUAAAUCUGUAGCCUCACAGUUUGGACUUUCAGCGGCUAUCUGGUUGCUAGGGUGUGAAUUACCUUAGCAACCAGGGAGUGAUUUGAAUGAGAGACUGGUAUAUGAAUAGGAGAGGGGCUGAAUAGUAAAAUAAUUAAUAAAAAGUAACAAUAACAAUAAAACUGGAGCCUCACAGAGCAAUCGGUUUUUGGCUGCCGGGGUCAGUGACCCCCAUUUGAAAGCUGGAAACGCAGAUCAUUAAAAAACGAUGAAAAAUAAAUAAUGAAGACCAAUUGAAAAGUUGCUGGCUGUUCUAUAACACACUGAAAGUUAAUAUAAAGGGGAACAACCCCUUUGAGUGGCCUUGGUAUUAUUAAUAAAAUAUAAACUUUUUAUUUUGCCAUUAAAUUAGCCUUUGUACUGUG